UAUACAGGGAAUUUCAUAAAGCAACGUUGGCAACGCUGGUUUUGACAACAGCUCUUCCAGUUCUUUUUCUCCGUGGUUCCUGCUGUUGAAGAUGGCACCGACUGCUAAAACUAACAAAGGUGAUAAAUCCGCCGCCAAACCGGCCGAAAAGAAGGCAGCACCUGCCGCUGCUGCCGCAGCCAAAGGCAAAGUUGAAAAGCCAAAAGCCGAAGCUAAGCCCGCAACAGCAGCCGCCAAAAAUGUGAAGAAGGCUCCUGAAGCCGCCAAGGAAGUGAAGGCCACAGCCAAGCCAGCUGCUGCUAAGCCAGCACCUGCCAAGGAUGCCAAGAAGUCUGCACCAGCGGCUGCCGCGCCAAAGAAGGAUGCUAAAGCUGCCCCUGCCAAGGAUGCUAAGAAGGCUGCACCUGCUGCUGCUAAGCCAGCAGCUGCUGCACCCGCCAAGAAAGCCGAACCAGCUAAGCCUGCUGCCCCUGCUGCUGCUCCAGCUGAAAAGCCUAAAGCGCCUGCUGCCAAGGCUGCCUCCAAGCCACAACGCAAAUCAGUAACAGCUGCCACUGCCUCUGGUAAAGUGGGCAAGAAGAACGUGUUGCGUGGCAAGGGGCUGAAAAAGAAGAAGGUGUCAAUCCGUUUUGGCAUCGACUGCACCAAUAUUGCUGAGGAUAACAUCAUGGAUGUUGCCGAUUUCGAAAAGUACGUUAAGGCCCGCCUAAAGGUCAAUGGCAAAGUGAACAACCUUGGCAACAAUGUAACAUUUGAGCGUUUGAAGAUGAAGUUGUACGUAAACUCGGACGUGCACUUCUCCAAGGCUUACCUCAAGUACUUGACCAAGCGUUACUUGAAGAAGAACAGUCUGCGUGAUUGGAUCCGUGUCGUGUCUAACGAUAAGGACUCGUAUGAACUCCGAUACUUCAGAAUCAGCUCCAACGAUGACGAAGAUGAGGAUGCCGAGUAAACAUAGCUCUUUUGUAAUAUUUUUAACUUUAAUUUGAAAAAAUGAAAUGAAAAUAAAUUUAGCACAAAUUGAUUUUGUGGGAAAAUUACAAGAUUAUUA